AAUCGCCGAUACGGCGAUAUUGCCCUCAAUCAGUGACGCCAUUCGGUCAACAUGGCGGACUCCUGUAAUGUUGUUUUACUUCCCUCGGUAAAAAUUGAACCUGUUUUAGAUGAAGAAAAUGACUUGUCCUUUGAAACGACACUUGAAUCCCCAUCGUGUGAUUCUCAAACGCGUUUUGGUGAUACCUCAGAAGAAGAAAUACAGCGCCUACUGGAGGAUAAGAAUACCGCUAACACCAAGAAAGCAACGAAAACAGCCGUCAACAUCUUCAGAGAGUAUCUUCGCGAAAAAGGAUUGGAUACGUGUUUUGAGGACUUUGACAAAAAUGUUCUUAAUAAUGUGCUGAAGAAAUUCUAUGUUGAAGCACGAAAAAGAGAUGGGGACUUCUAUAAAAAGUCUGCUUUGAGUUCAAUUCGUUUUGCCCUGAGUCGGCACUUGCAGUCUACUCGAAAUAUCGACAUCAUUAACGAUCCAGAGUUUCGUGUUUCGGCUGAAGUGUUUCGUGCACAAGCAGUGGAGCUCGUACGUCGUGGAAAAGGUUCCAUAGACCAUUUCGCCGAUAUAACGCCUGAUGAUUUAAAGAAACUCUAUUUCAGCGAUAUUUUGAACGUCAAUAGUCCAGAGGGGCUUUUAAGGAAGGUGUUCUUUGACUUGAUGUAUUUGGCAGGCUCAAAAAGGAGCCGAGGAACGUUGAGAGAACAAACUAAGGAUACUUAUGGCAUUGCCGAAGACUCGGAGAAAAACUUAAAGUUCAUAUAUUUAAAGAAGAAAUCUCUUGGUUUAAAUAGUUAUCCGUGGAAGAUCUACGAAAAGAAAGGAAAUGUAAGAUGUCCAGUAGCAAAUUUUGCUAAAUACCUUUCGAAGCUGAACCCUUUAAGCUCUUUCCUGUGGCAAAGGCCAAAGAAGAAUGUACUUAUGGAAGAUGAUGUUUGGUAUGAAAACUCUCCAUUAGGGCACAACACUCUGGGGAAAAUGAUGGACACCAUGUCUCGAGAAGCAAGACUUUCAAAGAUGUAUUCCAAUUACUGUCUGAAGGGAACUCACGCCUCAUUGCUAAAUGAUCCCACUCUUCAAAACUCCAUGCUUUUGAUCAAAACCAAGUUAAUCUCUGAAAACGGACAUGCUCUUCCUAAAAUAGUUCCAAAACCAGCAUAUAGUCUGUCAGCUAUUCCAUGUGUUUCAAUAGCACAGCCAGCAUCAACAAUGCAAACAGUUGCUACAUCAAAUCAAAGCCUUCAAGAAGAGCAUUCAUUUGUUCUGAGUACUAAUGAUCAAAAACAAUCUACCCCGCUGAACACGCCAUUAACAAGCAGUAUUGGUGCUUCUUCAAAUUCUCAUCAAGUUAUUCUUCCUCUUACAUCAGCAACAUCACAGAGCCAAAUGGUUGGGCCACCUGUAGUGGUAUCAACAUAUGGCUCACUUUAUUCUUUGGCUCCACACCCUCAGAGUAAAAUGCCAGGAAGUCCAUUAACAACACAUGUAUUGGAUACUUCAUCUGGUACCCCUGCAAGACAACUACCAGUCAAAGUUUUUUAUCAUGAAGAAGUACAAAACGGCAGCUCAUGGAAGGUUAUUGCUUCAGGUGCAACAAAUGGGGAUGGAAGGGUACCAAAUCUUCUAACUCAAGAAAGAUUUAAAUCAGGCCAUUACAAGAUAAAAUUUGAUACUGAAACCUACUAUAAAUCUCUAGCAGUUGAAGAAUACUUUUAUCCAUAUGUCGAGAUUGUAUUUACUAUAAAGGAUCCAAGCCAGCAUUACCAUGUGCCUCUUCUGUUAAGCCCAUUUGGAUAUUCUACUUACAGAGGGAGUUAGUAUUUCAUUAUCAGUAAUAAAACAUCUCGCUUGGUUAUCGUCCUCUUUAUUAAAAAUUCUUUGUCAACGUGAUAUUGUCGUAUUUUAGUAGGUCAGCCGUUUACAAUCACGUAAGACAUAGCAUUUUAUCCUCACAGUCAAUCGGGCAUUUAUCGGGAAGUUUUACAUGACAAGGUUUUACAAAAACAAGCGAUAUACAGAAUGAUGAAGAAUGUCAAAGGAUUUUAUCGUUAGAGUGGUGUAAUGAUAAUCAUUUAUUUGUAUGUCAAUGCUGUUUUCCAAACCAGUUUGCCAGGAUUGAAUAAUGACCAGUUUGGUUAGUUCUGUUAUUUCUAUCUUUUUACAUAUGUUUAUAAUAGUUCCUAAAUAUUCACUAAAACUGCUUCCUGAAAGGUUGUUUCACAGUAUUAGAUUGCUUUAUACAAGCGCAAUAAAAAGUAUUUUCCAUCAAA